AUUUCCUUCUGUCGGUUUGUACACUUCCGGAAGAAGCGGAAGACAACAGCAGUUCAUAUGUGACAUUCCCCGACAAGAAAACAGAAACAGACAUUUUGAUUCGACUCGUUUGACAACCAAAGACUUAAAUCGUCGACAUGUUUUCCUUCCAGGUUUUCGACCACCCGAUGUCCCGGGGGUUUCAGAACCGCUUCUCCACUCAGUACCGCUGUUACUCGGUGUCCAUGCUGGCAGGACCGAACGACCGGUCCGACGUGGAGAAAGGAGGCAAAAUAAUAAUGCCUCCUUCGGCUCUUGACCAGCUCAGUAGGCUUAACAUCACCUAUCCAAUGUUGUUCAAGCUGACAAACAAGAACUCAGACAGAAUGACACAUUGUGGUGUCCUGGAGUUUGUGGCAGAUGAGGGAAUCUGUUAUCUGCCACACUGGAUGAUGCAGAAUCUCCUGCUGGAGGAAGGUGGUCUGGUCCAGGUGGAAAGUGUUAACCUUAUGGUGGCCACUUAUUCAAAGUUCCAGCCGCAGAGUCCCGACUUCCUCGACAUUACAAACCCAAAGGCAGUUCUGGAGAAUGCACUGAGAAACUUUGCCUGCCUGACAACGGGUGAUGUCAUAGCUAUCAACUACAAUGAAAAGAUAUAUGAGCUGCGAGUCAUGGAGACCAAGCCAGAUAAAGCAGUAUCCAUCAUUGAAUGUGAUAUGAACGUGGAUUUCGAUGCUCCUUUGGGUUACAAAGAGCCUGAACGGCGACCUCAGCACCUGGAAGAACCAACAGAGGAAGAAGGAGACCCCAGCAGUUAUGCCGACAUGGACACAGGAUUCAGAGCUUUCACCGGUUCAGGCAAUCGUUUGGAUGGUAAAACAAAGGGGAUUGAGCCUAGCCCUGCCCCUCUUGCCCCAAGUGAUAUUAAAAGAGGCAUUCCCAACUAUGACUUCAAAGUUGGCAGGAUCACCUUCAUCAGAAACUCGAGGCCUCAGCCCAAAAAAAUUGCAGAUGAUGAUGAUACCCUGAACCGAUUCAUCGCAUUCUCUGGACAAGGACAAUCAUUACGCAAGAAGGGCAGAAAGCCUUGAAGGUCUCCAAGUGGACGAGCUGGCUGAUGGUCACAGACUCAACAUAUCAAUUGUCACCUUCAACAGCAACGUAAAGAAAUUGACCUUCAGAUGCUCUGGGGUUUUGCUUGUCUUUCCCUUUGAAAUGGGAGUUUUGCUGUUGAGCUAGGACUGCAAUGUGUAAUUAAAACCCUGACCGGUAAUAUUUUGCUCAACAGAAGCUGAGCUACAUAAAAUGCUGUCACUUUUAAGUUUUUAUUUAGGAGUUCAGGCUGACUGAUUCGAGCCAGGCUGAAUAAAUUCUAUCAUCACACCACCAACACAAAGAAUAGCUUGUGAAGUAUUAUUGCAAUAUCAGAUUUGAAUUACAUUUGACCCCCACCCCCUUUAUUUUUUUCCCAAAUUUGUUGCAUUUUUACAGUUCACUUUGAAAUACUGACAUACAGAGUCUGAUUCUUAUGAAAGAAUGGGAGCAAUAUUAGCUCUAUACUUCAAUUUGUAAUUAUAAAGAAUUAAUGUUUUUGGGUUUUUUUCUGAGUUAUAUGAAUACUUUGAAAGUUUUUUCAAAUUUUUCCUGGUUUAUUUAUAGACAAAUAAAGAAUUAUGUUCCCAAGUCAA